CUUCUCAAAUCGAAUCAAUUGCUGCCAUCACCAUCAAACAAUACACCCAGACGAACAAUAGCAAACAUGUCGGGUGCUCCAACCCACAUUCUAUAUGAAUGCGCAACAGGCGCUGCAAUCUUUGAAUGUGUUCAAACAGAAGAGAUUGGUAACAAAACCAAACAGGUACAAGAAUCAAUCAAAGAUCUCAACACAUUCGGACGAAUGGUAAAAUUGAUCAGUUUUAGCCCUUUCAAAAAUGCUCUCGACGCUCUACAAUCAUGUCUUGAUGUUUCUGAAGGAGUCUUGAACGAGCACUUCAAGUCCUUGUUGACUCUUAAUCUCGCCCCCGCCGGUAAGAAAUCAAAAGGUGUCACACUUGGUGUUUCGGAAAAAGGCUUGGCCGGUUCCAUCGUGAGCGAAUUAAACAUUCAAUGUGACACCAGUGAUCGUACACUUGAGCUGAUCCGCGGCAUUCGCUUGCACAGCGAAAAGAUGCUCAAAGGAUUGGCAGAAGGUGAUAUGACCAAAGCACAACUCGGUCUCGGUCACAGUUACAGUCGUAGUAAGGUCAAGUUCAACGUAAAUAGAAGUGACAAUAUGAUCAUUCAAGCUAUCGCCCUUCUCGAUCAACUCGAUAAGGAUGUCAACACAUUCGCCAUGCGUGUUCGUGAAUGGUACGGAUGGCACUUCCCAGAACUCGUUCGCAUCGUUCCCGACAACAUGACUUACGCACGUUUGGCAACUUUCAUCAAAGCAAAGGAACGUUUGAGCGAAGAUGAUUUGGAAGAGAUGACCGAAAUCUUGGGCGAUGAUGAAGUAGCAGCCAAGAAUGUUUUGGAUGCCUCCAGGGCUAGUAUGGGUACCGAAAUCGGUGACGUAGACAUGAUGAACAUUGAAAACUUUGCUACACGUGUUGUUCAAUUGGGAGAAUACCGUAAGAACAUGCACAGAUAUCUUGUCGAAAAGAUGCACUUGGUUGCUCCCAACUUGGCGGCUUUGAUCGGUGAUAUUAUUGGUGCCAGACUUAUUUCUCACGCCGGUUCUUUGACAAACUUGGCAAAAUAUCCUGCAUCUACAGUUCAAAUUCUAGGUGCAGAAAAAGCUCUUUUCCGUGCUCUCAAGACCAAAGGAAAUACACCCAAAUACGGUUUGAUCUACAAUGCAUCAGCAAUUGCAAGAUCUGCACCAAAGAACAAGGGUAGAAUGAGUCGAAUCUUGGCGAACAAGGUCAGUAUCGCUUCGCGUAUCGAUUGUUUCUCCGAUGCUCCCUCCACUAAAUUCGGAGAAGUGAUGGCAAACCAGGUUGAAGAGCGACUACAAUUCUAUGAAUCCGGUAAGCCUCCAGGCAAAAAUGCAGAUGCCAUGAGCAAAGCAUUGCGUGCUAUCGAAGAGGAGGCAGGAGACCUGAUGGAUGUUGAUGCUCAAGAAAGCGAUGAUGAUGACAGUGAUGACGAAGAUGCAGUCAUGCCUGCCGCUGUUGGUGUUGUUGAUCCAGCAGACAAGAAGAAGAGCAGCAAGAAAGACAAGAGCGAAAAGAAAGACAAAAAGAAGAAGAGCAAAGGUGGUGAUAAAGAGACACUAGAUGAAGUCGAACGUGCAGCAGAGAAAGCACAUAAGAAGAGCAAAAAGGACAAGAAAGAGAAGAAAAAGUCAAGGUCUAGCGAUGCUUGA